GCAGGCAAUCGACGUUGCAUAUUUAGGCGUGCUACUCUCUCUCUCUUCCAUGGCGAAGAAGAAAUGAGUUGGGCGAAAGCCUAUUUCUCGACAAGCUGAAUUGGAUCCCCCUUCAAUCCAAGAUUGUGAGAAUAUAGAGGGUAAUGGUGAGAUUGAAAAAGAGGGACUUGACCUGAUUGGUGAGCUGGUCCAAAAUGAAGGAAGUGCGAAAUUAGUUCUUGAUAGCAAUCCUGGACGUGGAAGCUGUAAUUGAUCAUGGGCGGAGGAGGUUAAAUAAGAAGACUUUCAAGCUAAUUCACACCAGCAAUGAAAGUAAUUUACUUUUGGUAAGAUUGCUUAUCAUGAUGCUAAACUAUCGUUUAUGGAACCUCUAAUUCAUGAAGGACAAAAGAUUGCUAAAGUUGAUGUGGAGGAAGUGAAAAUGCAAGCUGGGAAUUGGAGUACUGUUGUUAUUUGUAUGGUUCUUGGUGCAAACCCUCCAUUUGCAGUCUUUGAAGGGUUCAUUAGGAGAAUGUGGGGCAAAUUGGGGAUAGUUCAGGUGGUGAGAGUGAAUGCAGGAUUCACCAUUGUUAAGUUCAAUGAUGAGGCUACGAGGGAUCUUAUUCUUAAAGAGGGGAUGAUUCAAUUUGACCGUAAAUCGGUUAUUAUUCGACCUAGAAUGUUUGUGGAAAUGGACAUUACGGAUGAUCCACCCAAAACCAUUGAAUUUCUUAGUGAACAUGGAAGAUUGAUCGAGCAGGAUGUUGAAUACGAAUGGCUCUCAACUAAAUGCAAGAAAUGUGGUGGUUAUGGGCAUGGGAUGAUGGAUUAUAGGAAAGGAGAGAAAACUCAAUUUGUUAAAAAGGCUGGUGUUGGUAAAGAAAAGAUUGAGUUGAAAACUCCUACUAAUGAGAAGCAAGAACAGGAGGCAGCCCCAAUAAAUGAGAAAGAGCCACAUGAUAAAGAAAAACAAGAAAGGGAAGAGACAAUCAAAGAGAAAGGAAAGAAGACUGUUGAAUGGUAGACACCAAAAAAAAAAAAAAGUUCAAAGAAGAUCAAUGAUGCCAAAAGAGAUUCAGCAUGCUGAAAUGGAGCUUGGAAAAGUUGAUAACAUGAAAAAUGCUUAUGAGGCUUUGCAGGAAGGGCCUAUGGAUGAAUUGCAAGGAAUGGAGGGAAUAGGGUGGCCAAGAAAGAGCUAGAAGAUGCAAAUAAUUGGUUGGCUAUGGGGGUUAGUUGGCUGUCUUUCUAGCUCUGGAUCAAGAUAUACUUGGACUAAUAAUCAAGAAGGCGAAGAUAGAAUUUAUUCGAGAAUAGAUCAUGUGUUCAAGAAUGAGGAGUGGAUUGAUACCUUCCCUAGCUCCAAAGCUUACUUCUAAUGGGAAACUAUUUCAGACCAUUGUUCGUGUAUGGUUACUUUCGCUCGUCCUCAAAAUAUUGGCAUUAAACCAUUUAGAUACUUCAACUUUUGGUCUGAACAUGAGGCUUUCAAGGAUGCAGUUAUGACUAGUUGGUCUAAACCUAUACAAGGGUGAUGGGCUGCAGGCUGUCUAUUUGAAGCUUCUGAGGCUAAAGCAUGUCCUAAGGAAGUUUAAUAAAAACAUUAUUGGGGAUGUGAAAGUUAACUACUAUAGGGAAAAAGAGAAGUAUCAAGAGGUUAAAAUGCAUGAGCAAAUAUUGGUUAUUCUGAAUAAGCCAACGAGAUUUCAUGAAUGCACACCACAAACAUCAAGAGCUUGUUUGGUAGUAUUUUCAGUUUUUAGUUUUUAAAAUUGUGUUUUUAAAAGUGAGAAUAGAAAACAGUUUUUUGUCAUUUUAAAAAUUUAAUGCGUGUUUGG